AGUCUUGGUGGUGACGGCACGCGAGGUGCACGGCUGAAUAUUAUUUUGACACCUGCGCUCCCUUCCGUGACAACAGCAUACUUCAUUCCGGCAUAGACACCAGUCUCAACAGGCGACCUGCGCUGAAUAUAUAAAUAUCUAAAGAGCCCUUAAUUAAGAUGUUAUCUAAACACUUUAAAAAGUUCAGUAACGAGAAGGAGGCAGUUGCUUUUUUACGAAGAAAAGGCCUUUUGGAUAAGGGCGCUGUUGCACCAUGUCCUCGCUGUGGUGGAGAAAUGAAGGAAACUAAAAGAAAGGAGAGAAACAGCGAAAUCAAGCCUACUCUCCGUUGUAAUGCCGGAGACUGCCAAACUUUUCGUCCAAUCAGCAAUGUAACCGUUAUUUGCUAUUUUAAUUACUUAAAUAACAGAGUAGGUUGCAAGUUUUCUCUAAGCCAAAGUUUGGAAUUAAUUUUCUACUUUACUCAAGAUAUUCCAUGUGAUUCGGUACAUGAAUUAACAGAUAGAGGUACCAAAGAAAUCUGUGACUGGUUUAAUAUGUGUCGUAAGGUUUGUUCACAAAUUGUUUCCGUUAGCAAUCGUGGAAAAAUGGUAGGCACAGAAGAAGACCCAGUGCAAAUUGACAUAGCGUGGUUCGUGGGACGCCCACAACACCACAGAGGUAGAAUGAUGCAAGAUCAUGUUCCAGAAUCAAAUGACAGCAACACUGAAGUAGAAAACACCCGAAACCAUGGAGGACUUAUUGAUGGUCCUUGGGUCUUCGGAUUGAAGAAAGGUGGCGACUGCCGCUAUUUUUACGUGCAAAGAAGAAAUCGUGAAACACUGGAACACAUAAUUCAGAGAGAAGUUGAGGAAAAUUCGGUUAUCGAUUCUGAUGACUGGCCUACAUAUUCUGAUUUAAAUCGUUUAAAUUACCGUCAUUUAACUGUUAACCAUCAACGACAUUAUGUUGAUCCAAACACAGGAGCAAACACUCAGGCAAUUGAAAGAAGCUACCUAGAUUCAAAGCUAAGUCACAUUUUGAAAAAAAUUAAAAGAGUAAACGAAACAACCUUCCAAUCACACCUUGAUUAUUACUGUUGGCGGAUAAUGAGAAAAAAUUCUGACCAUCUAUUUCUUGCUUUUCUUGCUGACGUUCAAUCGAUUCAUCGAUAAAAUUAGUAAACUUUGUUUCAAAUUUGCUUAAUUUUAAUCAUUUUAGUAAUAAAUGCAGGGUUGGAAAAAAAUUAUUUGAUUUAAAUCAUAAUUUUUUACUCUGAUUUAAAUUAUAUUUAAAUCAAAACAACCUUGAAUAGGUGCAUAAUAAUUUUAAAUAUUUCCUACAGUAAUCAGGGUAAUUUCGGGAGUAAUAAUAAUGUUUGCUAAUAAUAAUACUAUAUAUAUGUAUAUACAUACAUAUAAAAAAAUA